AUGUAUGCCCAGCAAGAGCCGUAUCCAUGCGUUGCUUUUGACAAGUUCAACAUAGUGGUAUUUUUGGGGCUGUUUGUGAUCCUGUCGUUCAUAUGUCCCGCCGCUUUGCUUGUAAAGAACAUCGUACACGAGAAGGAAUUGCGUCUCAAGGAGCAAAUGCGUAUCAUGGGUCUGGGCGAUAUGGUACAUUUGUGGUCGUGGGCCAUCAUCUCACUCAUCCUCAAUCUCACCAGCACAGCAGUCAUCGCUGCCAUAAUCAAGUUUGGAAACCUACUGACGGUUGUGGAUUUCUCUCUGCUGUUUGUAUUUCUGGGUUUAUUCACGACGUCGUCUAUCGCAUUGUGUCUUUUGGUGUCGACUUUCUUCACAAACGCGAACAUUUCAACUGCAGCUACCUGUCUCGUCUAUUUCUUAUUCUUCUAUCCCUAUCAGCUGAGCGUUAAAGCACGGAACAAGACGUUCACAAAAUUCACGCUGAUAUUUCCACAAACCACGCUUGGCUACGGUGCGGCUAUGUUGGCGAUUUACAGUGGCGAAGGAAAGGGUACUUGGAAAGACAUUGACAGCAUCUAUUUAGAAGCUUACGAUGUCAGCUUAGUGGAGUGCAUGAUAGCGUUUGUGCUACAGAUUGUAUUGUUCAUCAUUCUAGCAUGGUACAAAAGUGCUGUCUCUCCAGGAAUUUAUGGUGUAUCGCUGCCUUGGUACUUUUUUCUCACAAAGCGCUACUGGUUUCCUGAUUCUGUCGAGAGCAUUGAUGUGAAUCUCCCAGCCGAUUCAGCAGAGCCAGCUAGUGACAGCUUUGACAGUGAACCUAAAGACCUCCCUCUCACGGUGUCUAUCACUCGAAUGAGUAAAAUUUACAGUAAUGGGACAAGGGCGCUGGACAGUCUAACACUGAAUCUUUAUGAAGACCAAAUCACGGCUCUUCUGGGACACAAUGGAGCGGGAAAAACGACUACUAUGUCGAUCCUCUGUGGCUUAUAUUCACCAUCAUCAGGCACAGCGUCGAUUUAUGGUAUGGAUAUCAGGAAGGAAAUCCAGCGUGUCAGAGAUGUGCUAGGGGUCUGCCCGCAGCACAAUGUUCUGUUUACACAUUUGACCGUAUCCGAACAGCUGAAGCUCUUUGCUGCACUGAAAGGUACACCAGACGAUCGAAUUCAGCAUGAGGUUGAUGAAAUUCUUCAGUCGGUGUCAUUGGUAGACAAGACAAACGAACUCGCUAGCACUCUGUGGAAUGAAGCGCCGUUUGUGUAUUGGAAUCGCGUUGGUGGGAGGUUCCCGAUUUGUGAUUCUCGACGAGCCAACUGCAGGUGUCGAUGUGACCAGCAGAAAAGAGAUUUGGUCAUUACUACAGAACAACAAGAAAGGACGCACUAUUCUAUAUCUACGAGAAGCCGACCUAUGGGACGAGCGGACAUUCUUUCCGAUCGCAUCGCUCUUCUGUCGGAGGGUCGUCUGAUCACCCUUGGAAGUUCCAUGUUCCUCAAAAAUAGAUAUGGCAAUGCAUUCCAGGUUUUCGCUUGCAAAAAGGAUCAAGCUCGUGAUUACACUGCGGUUGUCACCAGAAUCAUCACUGAAGCGGCAAUCCCGAUUAAGCUAAGCGAUGAGACCGAGAAUGAAUUAGUGUUUUCUAUUCCUAUAUCGACGGACUCACGAAAACUUGAGAAGUUUUUCACGUUUUUCGAUAUGAACAAAGAGCAGUACUGGAUCGGGGACUAUGGAAUAUCGGCGCCCACCUUACAAGAGAUCUUCGUGAGUCUGAGUCCACAAAAGGAAUACGUAGUACCGAAACAUCGAGCUGGACUCCUUUCAAAAAUAAAGAAAAGUUUCCGCGGAGGGGUGGUGGAAAGCGAUGAAAGGCAGUUAAUAAAAAGCAUGGCUACAUCAAAUGACACCGGUAGCAGUACUACUACUCCAAGCGGUAGCGGUACCCGUUUACCUACAAUAACCGCUAAUAACAGAGAAACGCCGCCGGACGACUUCGAAGAAGGUCAAACGACAUCGAUGGUGACCUCACAGCCUCCACUUCCUUUGAUAGGGGAGAUGUAUGGAAACAACACCUACAGUUAUGUUAGCCUAUGGGACCGGAAUUCAUCGUCCAUUUCCUAUAAAAUAAUGAAAUCCUUCGAGGAACCACCCGAUAUGGGAACUCGUUGUGUGAAUGACGUGCCCAUAUUCCACAGGUAUUUUA